AUGUCUGGCCAGAGGCUGCGGGGUGGCUGCUGCACGGUGUUACUGUCGGUGCAGUCGGUGGUGAUUGCACGGUGCCUCUAUGCCCUGAAGGUGGGCUGGAGGGUGUGCUGGGCCAAGGCAGAGGAGGAGGAUGAGCAGAGGCACAUGGCCUUCCUUUCCCACGACAUCAGCAUGCUGCGGCUCUUCGAGACCUUCCUGGAGAACACCCCGCAGCUCACCCUGCUCCUCUACAUCAUCCUGCGGACAAACAAGGCGGAGCUCUCCCAGGGCCUGGGGUUGGUCACUGCCUUCCUGUGUGUGUCCUGGUCUCUGCUGGACUACCACCAGUCUCUGCGCUCCUUCGUGCAGGACAAGUACGAGCUGAGCCUGGGCUCUUCCAUCAUCUACUUCCUGUGGAACCUCCUCCUCAUCUGCCCCCGCAUCCUGGCCGUUGCCCUCUUCGCCCUGCUCUGGCCCUACGGCGUGGCUGUGCACUUCCCACUGGUGUGGCUGGCCAUGUUCCUCUGGGUCAGCCUGCAGGGCACUGACUUCAUGGAGUCCCCCUGCCCCGAGCAGCUUUACCGGGCCGUGGUGGCCGUGAUCCUCUACUUCAGCUGGUUCAACGUGGCCCAGGGCAGGACGCUGUACCGCAGCAUCAUCUACCACAGCUUCAUCCUGCUGGACAGCUCGCUGCUGGCCCUGGCCUGGCUCUGGGGCCGGGCUCCCUCUGAGGAGCACUCCUACCUCCUCCUGGUGCUGGCUGCUGCCCUGCCCUGCUACCUGCUGGGGCUGGGGCUCAGGGUCACCUACUACAAGUGGCUGCACCCCAAUGUGCAGGUGCAGAAGGAAGGCAGAUACGACGAGGUGGAUGCCAGUGGAGGGGAGGAUGGGGUGGAGUUUCGCUCGUUUUUGGAACCAGACCUUGUGAACAGGCGGAUGCAGUAUCUGGCCCAGACCCACCUCUCCUUGUCCCAGCUGGCACAGCAGCACUUCCUGAAUGGGGCUGCUGCUGUGGAGUCUGCUGUCUGAGGGCAGAAGGUAAACUUGUUGGUUCUGCCCUCCAGGCUGUUGUUUUGGACACUGGGGGGACCUGGCAGAAACCAGGGGUGAUGUGGAAACACCCAAUGAGUCCCAUGGCACUCAGCAUGGCUCCCAUGGCUGUACCCUCAAGGAAGGGCAGUGUUUGUGAUGAGUCCGGCACAUUGUGGCAUAUGGCUGAACUGCUGUGUCAACUUUUCUUGUUAUUUAUUAUUAGCUUUUUCAAAGAAGAAAAAUGAAAACAA